AUUUGUCCUAAGAAAGUUCAUUAAUUCUUACUUCAAGGAUGCAGCAAAAUUGCUGUCUCCUCGGGAGGCUCAAAUCAAGAAUGGGGGUGAGGAGAAGAAAGAAGGGUGUCCUCAUUUUGGAGCUAUGCAUCUUCCAGAAAGACGCAUCUUCAGUCAACCGUUCCUUGUGGUUUGCGUAUAUUGUUUUAGCCUUAUGUCUCUCUCCACAUUUUUGCACCUGCAGAGAAACAAUCCUUUCUUGUGGCCAUGGAAGAUCAGUGUCAAAAACACAUCUGGCCUCCCAGUGCUUGAACACACAAUUCCUAGCUUAUCCACUAAGAACUUGGAUAGAGGUAUAUGGACAGUGAACUCUAUUGGGCGUUUGGGGAAUCAGAUGGGAGAAUAUGCCACCCUCUAUGCCUUAGCCAAACUUAACGGGCAUCAAGCCUACAUCCUUCCAGGCAUGCACCAGUACCUAGGAAGAAUAUUCAGGAUAACUUUGCCUAUGAUCUCUUCUGAUAUGGUUGACAAAAUCCCUUGGAGGAACUACAAUCUCCAUGAUUGGAUGUCAGAGGAGUAUCGUCACAUCCAGGGCAAGUACGUGCUGCUAACAGGCUACCCUUGUUCUUACACAUUUUAUCACCACAUCCGCAAUGAGAUACUUCAGGAGUUCACCUUCCAUGACUACAUCAAGGAGGAGGCCAAUAAAUACCUUCUGCAGCUGCGGGGGCAGCGCAAGAAUGUAACCUAUAUUGGAGUGCAUGUCCGGAGAGGCGAUUAUGUUCGUGUGAUGCCCAAGAUCUGGAAAGGUGUAGUGGCUGACAAAAGUUACAUGGACAAAGCCAUGAAUUACUUCAGAGAGAAGUACCACAAUACUAUCUUUGUGAUAGUCAGCAAUGGGAUGGCUUGGUGCAAGGAAAACAUUGAUGCUUCCAGGGGGGAUGUUUACUUUGCUGGUGAUGGGCAGGAAUCAUCACCGGCGAGGGAUUUUGCUCUCAUUGCUCAUUGCAACCAUACAAUAAUGACCAUUGGGACCUUUGGCAUCUGGGCCGGCUACUUGGCUGGUGGAGAAACUAUUUACUUGGCCAACUACACCCUCCCGGACUCACCAUUCCUCAAAGUCUUUAAGCCAUCUGCAGCCUUCUUACCCGAAUGGAUUGGGAUCCCAGCUGACCUUUCUCCUUUGCUACCCAAGUCAUAA